GCGCUGUGAGUUUGCUGCUAGCUUUUGUUCGAUGGACAUUAAACUUAGCUACCAGCUCAUCACUACGCGGACGAUAAAUGACAGAGCCUAGCAGAUAACUGCGAAGAGUUAGCCGUGGUUCAGCUCGGGAUAAAAACAGAAAGGACCGCAGAGGAAAGAUCUAGAUCGACAGCUACUUUCCCUCCAUCGCUGUUCGCACCAUCCUCCCAUCCGUCCGCCGCUCCGACUGGCCGCUUCCUCCAGUUCUCAACAUGGCGGCUAUGUUCCUCCUCUGGCAGCGUCACUGACCCUCCACCCUGGACUACCACCAUGGAGAGGAAACGCAGAAAGAAAUUAAUCUAGCUGCUCAGGCCUUUUGCAGUAUGGACUCAUUUUUAGAGCUCUGGACAUGAAACGCUGAUUCACUGACACCGAUUCAGCUCGUUUUUUCACCCGAAAACAGCGAAACCCUGCCACUGCUAGUUUCAAAGGGCCCCGCGGUGAAACUGAUAGCCCUGAACGGUUUCACUACUCAAAAUGCUCCUGCUUCCUGUGUGGGUGUCCAUGCUUUUGAGGCUGCUCGCAGGCUUUCUGCCUGUGGUGGGGAUGGAGCCGGCGGGAGGAGGCAAAUCUGACUCUGAUCACACCCCCGAUUCAGAGGCCCUCCACUCAUCGUCUGGCUCCAACUGCUCAGAGCUCACCCUCAAACUGGAGUUCUCCUCCAAGGUGGUGGAACAUGAGUACAUCGUCGCAUUCACGGGAUAUUUCUCGGCCAAAGCUCGCAGCCUGUACAUCAGCAGCGCCCUGCGGAACGCCGGCGGGGACGGAGCGCCGGAGUGGCACAUCGUUCCCAGGAAAAACCCGGCCUCCGACUACCCCAGCGACUUCGAGCUGGUCCGCAUCCACCAAGCUCUGCGCAGCAGCCUAAUGACCUUAGAGGACCACCCGUACAUCAAGAGGGUGACGCCGCAACGCAAAGUGUUCCGAACGCUCAAAUACACUCCCUCGCCUGAAACCGCCGCACCCUGCAACGCCACCCGCGGGACACAAAAAUGGCAGUCGUGGCAAUCGUCCCGGCCUUUCCGACGAACCAGCCUGUCACUGGGUUCAGGUUUCUGGCACGCCACGGGUCGCCACUCCAGCCGGCGCCUGCUGCGAGCCAUCCCACGCCACGUAGCUCAGAUCCUGCAGGCAGACGUACUCUGGCAGAUGGGACACACCGGUUCUGGGGUGAAGGUGGCGGUGUUUGACACAGGCCUGAGUGAGAAGCACCCGCAUUUUAAGAAUGUGAAGGAAAGGACCAACUGGACUAAUGAGAAGACACUGGAUGAUGGCCUGGGUCAUGGUACGUUUGUGGCAGGAGUGAUAGCCAGUAUGAGGGAGUGCCAGGGUUUCGCCCCUGAUUCAGAGCUACACAUCUUCAGAGUGUUCACCAACAACCAGGUGUCUUACACAUCAUGGUUUCUGGACGCUUUCAACUACGCCAUCCUGAAAAAGAUAGACGUUCUCAACCUGAGCAUCGGGGGGCCUGACUUCAUGGACCACCCCUUCGUUGAUAAGGUGUGGGAGCUCACUGCCAACAGGGUGAUCAUGGUGUCUGCUAUCGGCAACGAUGGACCUCUGUAUGGCACGCUGAACAACCCAGCAGACCAGAUGGAUGUGAUUGGGGUAGGAGGGAUCGACUUUGAGGACAACAUCGCCAGGUUUUCAUCCAGAGGCAUGACCACCUGGGAGCUGCCAGGGGGGUACGGCAGGGUGAAGCCUGACAUCGUCACCUACGGUUCCGGUGUUCGGGGGUCCGGGAUGAAGGAGGGAUGUCGCUCUCUCUCUGGCACCAGCGUGGCCUCCCCUGUGGUGGCUGGAGCUGUCACACUUCUGGCUAGCACCGUCCUGAACCGUGAGUUGGUGAACCCCGCCUCCAUGAAGCAGGCUCUGAUCGCUUCGGCCCGCAGGCUGCCGGGGGUCAACAUGUUCGAGCAGGGCCACGGCAAGCUAGACCUGAUCAGAGCCUAUCAGAUCCUCAACAGCUACAGACCUCAGGCCAGUCUUUCCCCCAGUUACAUCGACCUGACCGAGUGUCCAUACAUGUGGCCUUACUGCUCCCAGCCUAUCUACUACGGAGGAAUGCCUACCAUCGUCAACGUGACCAUCCUCAACGGCAUGGGAGUCACUGGAAGGAUCGUAGACAAGCCCAUCUGGCAGCCCUACCUCCCACAGAACGGAGACCACAUUGACGUGGCCGUCUCCUACUCGCCGGUGCUGUGGCCGUGGGCCGGUUACCUCGCCAUCUCCAUCUCCGUGGCCAAGAAAGCUGCGUCGUGGGAAGGGAUCGCGCAAGGUCACGUGAUGGUUACCGUGGCGUCGCCCGCAGAGAACGACUCUGAGGUUGGCAGGGAGUUGACCUCCACAGUAAAACUGCCCAUCAAGGUGAAGAUCGUGCCAACUCCCCCGCGCAGUAAGAGGGUGCUGUGGGACCAGUACCACAACCUGCGCUACCCACCAGGCUACUUCCCCAGAGACAACCUCCGCAUGAAGAACGAUCCACUAGACUGGAACGGGGACCACAUCCACACUAACUUCAGGGACAUGUACCAGCACCUUAGGAGUAUGGGAUACUUUGUUGAAGUGCUGGGAGCUCCCAUCACCUGCUUUGAUGCCAGCCAGUACGGCACACUGCUGAUGGUGGACAGCGAGGAGGAGUAUUUCCCCGAAGAGAUCACCAAGCUGAGGAGAGACAUCGACAACGGCCUGUCGCUUAUUGUCUUCAGCGACUGGUACAACACGUCGGUCAUGAGGAAGGUCAAGUUCUACGAUGAGAACACCAGGCAGUGGUGGAUGCCGGACACAGGGGGCGCUAACGUACCGGCUCUGAACGACCUGAUCUCUGUGUGGGGGAUGGCUUUCAGUGACGGGCUGUACGAGGGAGACUUCACUUUGGCUGAUCAUGAGAUGUACUACGCCUCAGGCUGCAGCAUCGCUCGUUUCCCAGAAGACGGAAUAGUGAUUGCCAAGAACCUAAAGGACCAAGGUCUAGAAGUGUUAAAGCAGGAGACAGCAGUAGUUGAAGGAGUUCCCAUCCUCGGACUUUACCAAACGCCGUCUGACGGGGGUGGACGCAUAGCUCUGUACGGUGAUUCUAACUGUAUAGAUGACAGCCACAGACAGAAAGACUGCUUCUGGCUGCUAGACGCUCUCCUUCAGUAUACUUCCUACAGUAUGACCCCUCCCAGCCUCAGCCACUCCCACAGUAGGGUGGCGCCUCCCACAGGCACAGAGCGCCCACUGCCACAGAGACUGGAAGGCAACCAUCUUUAUCGGUACUCAAAGGUUCUGGAGGCUCACCUAGGAGACCCAAAGCCCCGUCCCCUACCAGCCUGCCCCCACCUCUCUUGGGCAAAGCCACAACCCGUCAAUGAGACAGCACCGAGUAACCUGUGGAAGCACCAGAAGCUUCUCUCUGUGGAUCUGGAUAAAGUGGCUCUGCCUAAUGUGAGGGCGUACCGUCCCCAGGUCAGACCUCUGUCUCCUGGGGAAAGUGGGGCCUGGGACAUCCCUGGAGGGAUAAUGCCCGGUCGCUACAACCAAGAAGUGGGCCAGACCAUCCCCAUGUUCGCCUUCCUGGGAGCGAUGGUCGUUCUGUCCUUUUUCGUGGUCCAGCUCACCAAGGCCAAGAGUAAACCCAAGCGCAGGAAACCCCGCAUCAAACGACCCACGUACCUCCAGCAGCAGCAGCAGCAGCAGCAGCAGACAACGAGUGGGAAAAACCCCACAGUUUGACUUGGAUUGCACUUUGGAACUGUUGCUGGACAGCUGGGUUUACCUCCGAAACUGAGUCGUUGUUAAAAGGACAACUGUGUGUUGAAUGGCAACAUUUGGAGGUGUGAAAUAACAGAAUCUAAUGUACUGCUGUGGCAGACGUCUGGCUGUUGGACCUUCUUAAACUCAACCCUACUGGUCGUGAACGCCCCAUGACUCCAGCUGUCUGUGGACUUGUCUGACAGUUUUUGUGCCUCUUGUCUGUUCAAGACUUUAUCUGUCGGUGUUUGUGGACUAAUGAACAGUAUUGAACAGUGUUACAAACAUGAUGUAAAACACACAGUGUACAUCUGGUUCUUAAAAAAAAAGAAGCCUGAUCCAGACAGCCAUGUUGUCAACAUUUCGCUCUCUUCUCUGCAAGAGUUUCUUUGACCAAACUUUUUUUCGUCAUGAAAUGUGUCUGACUUUUAUAUUUAUUGAAUUUGUUCGUACCCUGACACAUAAAACGCACCACACAUACAUACUGUACACACUUUGAGAAUAAAGCAGUUGACACACAUCCCACACUCAAAGACAUACACGCAACCAUGCAGACGUUUCAACAUGAGAACCACUGGAUGAUCCAGGUGUCUGUCCCCAGACUCUUUCAUAGACUCUUCUGUCAUCAUCCACUGUUUUUUGUAAGUCCUGUCCAUAUUUGUUUAAAUCACUGUCUCUUCUUUGUUUUUAUAUUUUCUAUAAUGAAUGAACUCUGGCGAGGCAUUCUGUUGGCAUCCUCCUCAUCGUCAACAAAGUAGCAGUGACAGACUUG